AUGGAAGUUUUAGUUAAAUCUAGAGGUGUUAUAAAGGGUAAAAUUACAUCUUUCAAAACGUAUCUCGCGAAAACAUCACUUACAUUUUCGGAUCCGUCCACACCAAUAGAUAACGUGACAGCGUCAGACUUACGUGAGCGCCUUUUUCGAGCAAGAAAAGCAUAUGAAAAAUUCGAGCAAAUUCAGUCGAGUAUUGAGGAGAUAACCGAGGAUGAUCAAGGUGCGGCAGAAUAUCGCGCAAUCUUCGAAGAAGAAUAUUUCAGUAUUAUCGCGCAAGCCGAGGCUUUACGCAUGCGCAAUACAGUACACAUGGACGCGUCGCGUUUGAGUGCUGAAAUUAGCGGGGUUUCCUCUUCACAAACGCCUGUCGUUCGCACAACGACCGGACAGAACGCGAUUAAUACUGCAGCGGGUAUCGCAACAUCGUCAAUUAUAUAUAAACCUAUGGGUAUCAGGUUGCCAACAAUCGAGUUGCCGAAGUUUAGUGGUGAAGCAUCUGAUUGGCUUAGCUUUCGUGACACAUUUGAAUCCUUGAUACACAAAAAUGAGACAAUUGAUACGAUACAAAAGUUUCAUUAUUUAAAGGCAGCGCUGCAAGAUGGUGCAGCGCAAAUUAUUAAGUCCUUUGAAUUUACUGCGAUCAAUUACACCGUAGCAUGGGAAACCAUAUGUUCUAGAUUUAAUAAUAAACAAUUGCUUACAUACAAUCACAUUAAGGCCAUAUUCAAUAUUAAGGUGUUAAAGGAAGAAUCAGCUCCGCAAUUGCGCGAGAUUGUAGAUAUAGUCAGCAAGCAUUUACGCGCUUUAAACGCAUUAAAUCAAGCAACAGAACAUUGGGAUGCUUUAUUAAUUUAUUUAAUCUCGACGAAAUUAGAUAGCAUAACGGCUCGAGCCUGGGAAAAGGAGCGAGCUGGAAAUGAAAUUCCCACAUUAGAAGACUUCAAAACAUUUCUAAAUUCGCGAGCGGACAUGUUAGAGACACUGGAAUUAAACAAUAAGUCGGUUGCUAAAUUAGAUAUUAAGUCGAAACAAUCGGAUCGGUCCAGGGUCAAAUCACUGAUCGCACAAAGUCAAAAGUGUAGUAUGUGUAAAGAGACGUAUAAGUUACUGACCUGUGAAAGGUUUCUUGAGCUCUCACCUCAAGACAGAGCGAAUCAUUUAAAAACAGCGAGGUUAUGCCUUAACUGCAUGAGAUCGGGACAUUUUGUUAGAGACUGUAAGGCAAGAUCAUGCAGACAAUGUUCAGGAAAACAUCAUACUUUAGUACAUUUCGAGAGAGCAUCCUCAACGCAGGUAAAGCCCGUUGAAGAGAACAAAACGGCUUCAGUUUUAUGUUCGCAUAGUCAGUAUAACACUUAUAGCGUUCUAUUGGCUACGGCAACGGUGGUGGUAACUGAUAAUCAUAAAGUAGAUCAUAAGGUUCGUGCAAUUUUGGAUCCAGGUUCUCAAUCUAGUUUCAUUACCACCAGGUUAUGUAGAGAGAUGAGGUGGCCUACAUCAAAAAUUCAGUUGACAAUCGAAGCUAUCAAUGGGAAAUCAUCUCAAAUAGAACAUAAAUGGCAAUUACCAACUCAAUACAUUGAUAGACAAGACUUGCAAAUUCCCACUAACAUUAGACUUGCGGAUCCUUCUUUCCAUAUUCCAAGCAAUAUAGAUGUUCUUAUAGGAGCUGACUACUUUUGGAGCUUACUUUGCAUAGGGCAACUGAAAGUAGGAGGAAAUCAACUUACCAUGCAAAAAACCAAGUUAGGCUGGAUAGCAGUGGGUCCGUGGAAGAGCAACAUAUCGAAAUCUAUUAAAUGUAAUCUUAACAGAUCGUUCGAUAUUGAUAGCAACCUCACGAAAUUCUGGGAAAUCGAGGAAACCGAAGCCAAAGAAACGUGGUCAGAAGAGGAGAAAGAAUGUGAAAGACAUUUCGUAGCAAACACAUAUCGUAACACAGACGGCAGAUUCGUGGUAAGCAUGCCACUCAGAGAAGAUGUCAGUAAGCUUGGCGAGUCCAAACCAAUCGCGCUCAAACGGUUUUUCAAUCUCGAGAAAAAAUUGAUAAGGUGUCCGACUCUUAGGGAACACUACAUUGCAUUUCUAGCAGAAUAUGAGAAAUUAGAACAUAUGAGUAAGGUCCUUGAGGAAUCAGCGCAUGAAAUUUCGUAUUAUUUGCCGCAUCAUUGUGUUAUUAAGAAUGAUAGCUCAACAACUAAGAUACGUGUAGUAUUUGAUGCAUCAGCACCAACCGAUAAUGGUAUAUCUCUCAAUGAUAUACAAAUGAUAAGUCCCGCAGUUCAAGGUGACUUAUUCGCAUUGUUAGUUAGGUUCAGAGUUCAUCCGUACAUAAUAUUAGCGGAUGUACAAAAAAUGUUCAGACAGGUGUUGAUAAAUCCAGACCAGCGUUUGUUACAAAGAAUCAUAUGGCGCUCUAGUGAUAAAGAUCCUAUACAAGAGUUCGAGUUAAACACGCUCACAUAUGGUACGGCAUCGGCACCGUUCCUAGCAUCGAGAUGUUUGAAGGAGCUAGCUAAUCAAGUUGAAACUACCUUGCCGCAAGCGGCCAGGAUCAUACGAAGGGAUUUCUACGUCGAUGACCUUGUGACAGGAGCAGAGACGAUUGAACAAGCUAUAGAAAUACGACAAACUGUCUCGCAGGUCUUAGAGUCAGCAGGUUUUCAAUUGCGAAAAUGGGCAUCCAAUAAACAAGCAAUCAUUCAAGACGUUCCGAAAGAGGAUCAGAAUUUAGAUAGCGUUAACUUCACUAAUGACGGCAUGACUAAAACGUUAGGCACAUCAUGGCAAGCGCUCUCUGAUAGUUUAGUUUUCACUAGCAAGGAAUUAAACCAAUCUAGGAUCACGAAAAGGCAGAUCUUAGCGGAGAUUGCACAAAUAUUCGACCCGUUAGGUCUUAUUGGUCCAUUCGUUAUCAUAGCAAAAAUUCUAUUGCAGGAAUUGUGGUUGCAUAAGUUGUCAUGGGAUGAAUCACUUCCACUUGAUUUACACUGUAGAUGGAUCUCCUUUCGUCAACAAAUGCGAAAUUUAAGUCAAAUCAGAAUACCUCGAAACGUUGUAGGAGAAAAUAGCGUAGAGAUACAAGUGCAUGGCUUCGCGGACGCGUCACAAAGGGCAUAUGGCGCAUGCCUUUAUAUUAGAGCUCAAGAUUCCAAAGGAAGCGUUCAUACAGCAUUAUUGUGCGCAAAGAGUAGAGUAGCUCCACUCAAACAGCAAACAAUUCCACGCUUAGAACUUUGUGCAGCUCUCACCCUCGCGCGCUUGGUCGCCAAGGUCAUUGAAGCAUUAGAUAGGGAUGUCAAUAUAAUCAUCUGUUGGAGCGACUCAUCAAUAGUCCUCAAUUGGAUAAGAAUGCAGCCAAGGGAGUUACAAGUAUUUGUGGCAAAUCGUGUAGCACAAAUUCAACAGUUAACAGGUUCGUAUCAGUGGCGGCAUGUUCCGACGGCAGAGAAUCCAGCGGAUGGUCUUUCGCGUGGUUUGACAGUAGACUAA